AGUUGAAAUCGAUUUUCUAGAAUUUCUUUUCAGACGUUUCGAUGGUAAAAUAGAUUUACGGAUCGACGACGGACGUCAUCGCGACAUUUCAGUUCGCAAUGGCGUGCGUAGCAACCGCUGUUGUCUGGCCCGCUUGCUCCGCCUACUUGGCGAGAGUUGCAAAAUCGGACCAAUCAGGGCUCACCUCGUGACCACUUCGCCAAUAGGAACGCUCCGGGGCGUGUCCCUCACGGGCGCCGUGUUCCGUGUGGAAAGUUUACCGGCUCGGGUGCAAAGUUUCCGCCGUCUGCAAAGCGGAGCUCGUCGGCAAAACGUUUUUUCUCCUCUGCAACUAUGCUGGCGACGACCGCGGUCGUGAGCUCACACGGUAACUAGAACCGUAUCACGGGUACGUUUCCUCCGUGGUUUGUCUCGGGGAGCCGGGUCGAGUGAUGCUGCCGUCGCCGGAUAACAAGCCGUGAACGAGGACGCUGGUUCAACGCCGACCGUAUUGUCUCAGGGAGCCCGCUAGCCUAACGCAGCUCGUUAGCUAGGAGUCGAACCGGGGAGCUAGUUAGCCGACGCGCGGGUGAUCUCGUCCGAAGACGCGGCGAGAACGCAACUCUACAGAACAUUUUCGACGGGAGGACUUAAGCACUGCGGACGGGGAGACAUCGACCAUGGCUUGUGAACCGAACCGCGUGCGGCUGCUCUGCAUGCUGUCGCUGACUUUCGGCUUCUUCAUCGUGGAGGUGGUGGUCAGCCGCAUCACCUCGUCGCUGGCCAUGCUGUCCGACUCCUUCCACAUGCUGUCGGAUGUCAUCGCGCUGGUCGUGGCGCUGGUGGCGGUGCGCUUCGCCGAGAAGACCCACUCGACCAACAAGAACACGUUCGGCUGGGUCCGCGCCGAGGUGAUGGGCGCGCUGGUCAACGCCGUGUUCCUCACGGCGCUGUGCUUCACCAUCCUGCUGGAGGUGAUCGAGCGCAUCACGGAGCCGCACGAGAUCGAGAGCCCCAUGGUGGUGAUCGCCGUCGGCGCCGCCGGGCUCCUGGUCAACCUGCUCGGGCUCUGCCUGUUCCACGGACACGCCGGCGGCGGCCACGGGCACUCGCACGGCGGCCACGGCCACGGGGGCAAGAGCAAGCGGGGCGCCGGGUCCCAGGGAGAGGAGACCAACCUGGUGGCCAAUCACAGCAGCCCCGGCGACGUGAGGCUGAGGAACGAAAUCAGCUGUAAAGAAGGCACCGAGGUGCAGAUGAAUGGCAACACUCACUUCGAGGAGAUGGACCACGACCACGACCACGACUCGUCAUCGCAGCUCAACAUGCGUGGGGUCUUCCUGCACGUGUUGGGCGACGCCCUGGGCUCCGUCAUCGUGGUCGUCAAUGCGGUGAUAUUCGUGUUUGUGUGGCAGCCAUGCAAAGAGGGCGAAGACUGCUACAACCCAUGUGUCCACAAUCACGGGUUGACAGACCAGCAUGUCAAUCAAACACUGUCGUCCAUGAAGAGUGCGGGCCCCUGCUGGGUCCUCUACAUGGACCCCGUUCUCUGCAUCAUCAUGGUCACUAUCCUGCUGUACACCACCUAUCCGCUGCUCAAAGAGUCGGCCCUCAUCCUGCUGCAGACGGUGCCCAAGCAAAUUAACAUGCGACGGCUAAACGAGCGGCUGCUGAGUGUGGACGGCGUGCUGGCCAUCCACGAGCUGCACAUCUGGCAGCUGGCCGGCAGCCGCAUCAUCGCCACGGCUCACAUCAAGUGCCAGGACCCCACGUCCUACAUGGAGGUCGCCAAGCGGAUCAAGGACUUCUUUCACAACGAGGGCAUCCACGCAACCACCAUCCAGCCUGAGUUCGUCACGUUCAGCUCAGAGUCCCGGGAAUCCCUGUGCGAGCUCUCCUGUCGGACUCAGUGUGCCCCCAAGCUGUGCUGCGGCUCUGCCGACAAACCCAACGCGAGCUCCGACAAGAAAUCCGGCAGUGACUACAAGCCGGGCGUUGCUUCAGACCUGGAGGUGAUCAGCGAGUCCGCGGAGCAGGCCCUGGGCAUUCAGGUGAGCCCUCGGUCAGAGGCCGAGGUCAUCGUCACCAGAGAGGUGGAGUCAUCUCUGUGAGAUGGAGAUAACGGAGAGAAACGGAGGAGAAGCUGGAGAACGACCACCUCGGGCAGAUAUCAUCACUGUCAUUUGCAGGGCGCGGUCUUCCUGUAGUUGCCCCCCAAUAAAGAAAUAAUUUCCAUCGCCCUUUUAUUCCCUUUCAUUGCUUCCCCGUAUGGCAAUGGAAUCCUGAACCAUUCUGUUUAUGCAUUAGAGCCUCCAUUCUUUCUUUAGCCUUCCUUUUCUCCCUUAUGCCCAAACCCCCCUCCCCUCCACCCCGACCUCUCCUCUGCCGCCGGGCCCCCUCUCUCGCCGUCUGUUGCCACGGUUGUGUGGUGACGAUGCAUGUUGGGGGUUCGCUGACCUUCUCUCCUCCGGGACUGGAGCGAGUCCUGCAUGAGUGUCCCUCAUUAACACCAUGCUGUAAUUCGUCCUCUUGUCCCCAUGGUGUUUCUGUGCCAAAGCUUCUCACUGCAGGACCAAAGGACACACACACACACACACACACACACACACACACACACACACACACACACACACACACACACACACACACACACACACACACACACGACACACACGACACACACGACACACACGACACAAGCGAGUCAGAGCACACAUCACCAGGUUAUGUUGUCCAGCCUGGACACGGACCUGUUGUCAAAGAGUCUACCUUGUGUUUUUUUGCGUAGGCUUCGAGCAGAUCUAUUUUCUUACCCUCUGGCCCAAAACGGACUUGAGUAUUGUAUUGAAUUAUAAUUAAAGUAUUUAAGUUAUUAGAAAUAAUCUAUUUCCUGUCUUUAGAAGCUGUUUGUAACCUUUAAGUUUGGUUGAUAGAAACAUUUUUGCAAUUCUUUUUCUGUCCUGAAGUUUUUGAACAGACCAUCUAUGCUGUAGUCAGUUUUUACAAAAUAUGAGGUUUUUAUAAUAAUGGUCUUGUUUUUCUCUUUUAUUUCCAGACUUUUCUCUUGCCUUGACUCGGUUUUAAUUGUAGUUAUGAGUUGGAUACAGAAGCGUGUAUCAUCACCUCUCUCACCUUGCCUAUUAAAUACAAAACUGCUAUGGUAUAGCACUAUAGUAUAGUUGACGUCGCUGUGUAACUGAACUUCUUGCAAUGGCACAGUUUCAUCCACGAAUGUGACGCCUUGCAAGCCAGAGGGUUUGGGUCUGUUGUGAAUAUGUGAGCACUGUAUGCCAUUAGUGAAACACUACUCGUGUGUGAAUCUGUACUGGACACGCUCCGGCGGGUGGCCGGUUGGUUUUGUUUUCAAAUCUGAAGAAUGUGUGUGGCACCGUGUCACGGUCCACGCCGAGGGACAUUUUAUAUUUCCAGAAUGAUCUGCCAGGUUUUGCAUGACCAAAACUGAGAACUGGUGUUGGAGGGUUUUCGAGCCAACAGCUCCUGUCGCUGCUCACCAGUACCUGCUGGUGUCCUCCAACAUUAUUCAUAACUGUGGGGAAUAUGAAUCAUCAUGCCGACUCUCUGUCCCCUGCGUCGGGCGGCUGAGUCAGGCAGAUGUCGCUGAAUUAAAGUCCAUAUGGUGGCCUUUAACAUAGUCUGAGUUUCCCCCCUCGUCAACACAGAUAUCAUGUAAAGAUGAUCCAUUGAUGCAUUUCCUUUUUUCCACUCCUGAUUUAAAUGUGUAUGCAAUAUAGAAAUAUGUGCUGGGAAGUGUAUUUUGGGUGUGUUCUUCAUUUGUAAUGUUUGUUCACUUUUAUUCUUUGUCGUUUUAAGACUCUUCAGAUGUGCAAAUUGAAAACAAAAAAUGAUUGUUUUUUAUUUUAGAUAUGACAUGUCAGCUGAUGUGUUUUUUGAUAUAUAUACAUAUGCGUAUAUAUAAAUAUACUAGUACCUGUCCAAUGUGUCAUUGUGAAAUAAUAAAAAAAAAUAUGACUGUUUGGUACAGUUUAUGAACCCAGAUA